AUGAGCACUUCUGACAUCGAGAAACUGCAGCUGAUUCCAAAGAAGCCUCAACUGUCCCCUCCAGAUGGCGAUUGCAGGCUAACCCGCAUUAACGAAGUAGAGGGUAGCGAAUUGACUUCUGAAUCGUUUAUGUGUCCAAUCAAACCACUGGAGGAAUUGUCUUUUACUGACAUUGUUGAAACACCGUCUGAAUCCUUGCAAUCAACGACCCCCUAUGUGGGCCCACGGAUGGAACAUUUUGAACGUGUUCCCACUAUUGCUUCUGGUGGUGAACCCUUCAAAGAGUCUCGCUCAAUCAGUCCCCUCCACGUGAGUCGUGACACGAGCAUUACCAGUGCCAAUGACACCGUCAAGAGGUCUCCAAGAUCCCGAUCAGAUAAUAAUAUCACUGCGAAAGGCACACUGUCGCCGAUAAUCAUACGAACCUCCUGCUUGAGGGAUGAGAACUUCACAGAACUCGUUCAUCCAAAGGGGAUCCAGGGACCGAUGACAAACCUAAGCGUAAAGGUUAAAGACCGCGGAUUUUCUGCCUCAGUUGACGAGCUCCAUGAUACCAACUUCUGCAUUGCUCUUGAAAAUUCCCAUAAAGAUGGUCCAAAUGCCCUUACUGAGGUGACGGCUUCUUCGAUGGAUGAACAGAAAAAGCAGUUCAUUUUCAGAGCUGUUUCAGAGUCCACCGAGGAUGGACACAUUUCAGACGCAGAGGCGGUCACCAUAAAGCGUUUGGCCAAACAGACACCCUUCUUUGGAGGAGUUCGAUCUCAAUGCAACUACUGUUGUGCUAUGAGUGAAAUUGCCGCCAGAUUGCCAAUGAACACUCUCAGCGGUCGAUGCGCUUGCCACGAGAGCAUUUGCUCCUGUCAUAAACAUCACGCCGUGUCUGUUGUAAACUUGCCGAGCCUACGGAAGAGUAGAAGGACUCCCGGACUUGACGAAAUAAGUUAUGACUUCAUGCGUGCCAGUGGAGCGAUUUCGGGAUUCUCACAGCUCCGCAGCGUCAAAGGUAUUAAGCAUGACCGUGAAAAACAGGAGAUGUGUUCUGCUCUCUCCCCUUCCAUCAUUGCCAACCUUGACACUCGUGGAGCUGUGGCCCUUUUGGCUGCCAGCACAAGACCUCGCCUCAUCGCCAACAUGCGCAAGAAGGCGAAUAAGGCACACUCCUCACAGGAGGAGGUACCAAAUUCUCUCAAGCCCACCAUAUGGGCCAGCAGUUUCGAUAGCAGCUGUAACAUUCAGUCCCAAGACGAUGACUACUCCCGAAAUGGUCCACUCAAGCGAGAAGAAUCCUCCUAUGUUCAUCUGACAAGCAAACAGUCAUCUUUCAUCAAUCGAAGCUCUAAUCACAGAGGUAGCAUAGCUCAAGAGGCACUAUUGGGGAUCAAAAAUUGCAGGCUGUCAGGUACGGGUGAUGCAGACGAAUUCAUAAAUUUAAACAUCUCUUCAAAAAACUCAGUGGAACAGGAGACCAUAGAGGAUCAGGAGGAUGAUACACUUAUGCCCUCCGUUGACAUGACCCGACCGAAACGUCCAUAUUACUGCCAAAAAGCACAAAAAUUUCGCAAUAGUUGGAGAACCCAGUCAAUUGCAAAUCCCCAGAGUACGGUAGAACAUGGACUAGUGCAGGACAGAUCGUUAACCAUGGUGGAGCCUCAACCUGUUAGCGACGUUAAAAAUAAUAGUGGAAUUAUCACAGACCGAGGUGCUCAAGUGACCGUUUACUUGACACGAGGUUCAAGGAAUCCAGUGAAAACCAUCCUCGUUAACCACACUGCUUCUAACAUGACGGCAGCUAACGCAGCACGACUUCGAGCCCGGAGACAAAAAACUUUUUCAAAUCGCAAUCAGUGGCGCUCAGUACAACUCUCUCCAACACACGAUGUAGAGACAGAGAAACAAGGUUGGAAAGGGGACGAUAAACUUCACAAUACCUCUCUUUGCAGCAUUCGAGAAUCCUACCUUAACAAUCGAAUCCGUGUUCGCAUUGCGGCAGCGCCGGUAGGUCCAAAUCCUGAAGUCAUCCACAAUGUGUGCUUCCGUAGCAUUCGAGCAAUGCAAGGCCAUCGUAGCAACUCCAUGUUGCAUAACGUCGGCUAUCGACUUGGACGGCGGAGACGGAUGUUUCAGCAGAGAAGCAUGGUGUCGGAUUACUCGCUUGCCUUUGCGGUGCUGGGAAUACUCCUCAUGAUUGUGGAAAAUGAGCUCACCUUAGGUCAAGUUGUCACCAAGGACUCCAUUUGGUCGCUAAUGCUGAAGUCGCUGAUAACAUGCUCAACGCUUGCCCUAAUCGGACUUAUCGUCCUCUACCACGUUAUUGUCGUUAGGAUACUCUCGUUUGAUGACUGUAUAGAGGACUGGCAAAUAGCAUGGGACCGUUCGAGGGUGGCCAAGUUGGUAAUGGAGAUUUUGGUGUGUGCAAUUCACCCAGUGCCAGGCAAUUUCACUUUCAUCUGGCCCUACUCCUAUUACCUCUUCGGUGGCAGCAUCCUGCUAUCCUGCGCGCACUGCAAGAAUGGUACUUUGGAUCCAAGUCUUCUCACUUCCGCGGCCUCUGUACCUCGAGUCAACUCUAUCUCGGGGAGCCCGCACGUCAUCUUUCCCUCUAACAAAGUGGUCUCCAUCGACAUCAUUCUCUCUCUGCCCAUGUUCCUCCGCCUCUAUCUUAUCUUUCGAGUGGUAGUACUACAUUCAAAACUCUUUACCGACACCGGUUCCCGCAGUAUUGGGGCCAUGAACAAGGUAGAUUUCACUACCCAAUUUGUCUUCAAGACAUUCAUGACAAUCUGUCCGGGCACAGUGCUGGUCGCCUUCAUUCUUGGAUUUUGGGCUGUGCUCGCGUGGAUGCUUAGAGCUUGUGAACGCGUGCAAGACCCAGUUUUCGGCAAUCUCUUCAACUCCAUGUGGCUUGUCGCCGUGACUUUCCUCAGCAUAGGCUACGGAGAUGUUGUUGCGAAUACCUACUGUGGUCGUGCGAUUUCCAUCGUUGCAGGAGUUUUGGGAUCUCUCUGUACCGCACUCGUUGUGGCCGUUUUUGCUAAGCGGUUGGAACUCUCCAGGGCCGAAAAGCACGUCAUUCAAUUUAUGAUGGAAAAUGCACUUGCAAAGAAGUUGAAACACUAUGCCGCAAAUGUCCUUCGAGAGACUUGGUUAAUCUACAAGUAUACCAAGUUAGUGAAAAAGCUCAACGCCUCCACGAUCAGGAAACACCAACGGAAAUUUCUCCGUGCAAUACACGGUCUUAGACACGUGAAGCUGGAACAGAGGAAACUGCAGGAUAAUGCAAACACUUUGAUUGAUUUGGCCAAGACCCAAUCUAUCAUGAACGAUACCGUCUCAGAGAUGAGAAUUCAGCACACACGCCUGCAACUCCGAUUAGACGCGAUCGAGGAAUCUUUGGUGCGCAUUCAGGAGCAAUUCACCACACUGCCGAUCAUCCUGAAAUACAUUCAGAUGCAGACGCACAGUUCGAGUUGCUCUAAUCAAAAGAGUGAAGAACACAUGGACUCGGAGGAAUGCUGCACGAAUCAAAACACAACUAAUCCAUACUUGCGCUACCGACAGGCUUCUCGACUCCUUAAUCAACAGGCUUCCACAGCUACCACCCUCCGCUGCGACGACAGCGACCUCGUCAUUCACAACUCGGCUGCUCAACUCCCCAUCAUCGAUAGGCUGGAGGCUGUGGCCCAGUCUGCCGUCUCAUUCGAGUCCACACAAUCCCACAAACCGCCCAGCCAUGCUCAUGGUUGCCUUGAUGUUGAACCCGUCCAACGAGCUGUAAGCGAGCCCCCUGCCUCUUUUCUUGCUGCCGUUCGACAAGUUUGA